AUGAUUAAUAUAUGCCAUCAGGGUUCCAACUACCAAGCGCGAGCCUUAAUAGACUCCGGAUCUGAGGCUACCUUCAUUACUGAGCGCCUUUUCAACCUGAUUAAGCUGCCGUUCCAGGUUAUCCAAGCACAGGUCUCAGGGCUUAAUCAAACGGUCUCCGCUGAGACUAAAAAGCUCUGCCAAUUGACGAUUCGUUCUCCGACCCGGCCUAGUUUGCAGUUAAACACCACUGCCUACGUGCUUCCGCAAAUAGCCGGAAAUCUUCCCUCAUGUCCGCUUCCGCAACAUUUCCUGCGAGAUCUUCCCGAACUUCCACUAGCGGAUCCAAAGUUUUAUGAGAGCGCACAAAUAGAUCUUUUAAUCGGGGCCGAUAUACUUCCUUCCAUUCUACUAAGCGGCACCCGAGCGAAUAUCUGUGGCUCUCUUCUCGGUCAAGAGACCAUUUUCGGCUGGAUUCUAACAGGACCAGUACCCGCUCCGAGGCAAGAUAGAAUUUCAUCGUUUUCUACGCAUGUUGCACACACAAACGAAGCGUCUCUCGAUAAACUCCUCACCAAAUUCUGGGAGGUGGAGGAUCUGCCAGUAAAGGUGGCAAAAGAAUCCGACGUGAUCUGUGAGGAUAAUUUCCUUCGGACCACCACAAAAGACGAUACCGGCAGGUAUGUCGUGAGUCUUCCCUUUCGAGAUCCUGAGAACAUGAAAUGCUCCCUAGGACAUUCCAGAUCCCUGGCGUUGGCUCAAUUCUUAAGAAACGAGCAGCGGCUAAAAAGGGACAGUACGCUAAAAUCCAAGUACGACUCAGUAAUUCAAGAAUAUCUCGACCUCAACCACAUGAGAGAAGUCCCUCCUACCCACGAUUCAGCGUGUUAUUACCUCCCACACCACGCGGUGUUAAAACCGGAGAGUACGACCACCAAACUUCGAGUGGUAUUCAAUGCCUCCAGCCCUUCAGACAAUGGGGUCAGCUUAAAUGAUAUCCUUCAUGCUGGCCCGGUCCUACAGUCCGAUCUAACCAUCCAGAUCCUGAAGUGGCGAUAUUUCCGUUUUGUGUACAGUGCUGAUAUCGAGAAAAUGUAUCGGCAGAUCUGGGUAGAUCCGAAACAGACAGCGUUCCAACGUAUCUUAUUCCGCAAUAGAGAAGGAUACAUUCGCGAUUUUGAGCUAAAAACUGUUACGUUUGGGGUCAAUUGUGCACCGUUUCUGGCAAUUCGGGUCCUGCAACAGCUGGCGACCGACGUGCAACUAACCCAUCCGAGGGCGAGUAAAGUUAUUCGUGGUUGCAUGUACGUCGAUGAUGUCCUUUCGGGAGCUGACUCUGCAGAAGAGGCUCACCUUACCAUUCGCGAGUUGCAGAGUGCUCUCGAUUCGGCUGGUUUUCCAUUAAGAAAGUGGACCUCCAACCAUAAAGAAGUUCUGGCUCAUAUCGAGACCAAUCAUCUUUUAAACGCCGAGUUCCUCGAGAUAGAUACGGAAAGCACGGCGAAAACUCUCGGAGUCCGUUGGAAAGCAACAUCCGAUGAGUUUUUCUUCGCCCCUCCAGACCUAUCCAACGAAGCCACGCUCACGAAACGUCAUGUUCUUUCCCAAAUCGCCAAGCUGUUCGAUCCAGCAGGCUGGCUCGCUCCUUUCGUGGUCUGUGCCAAGAUUUUCAUGCAGGAGAUCUGGCUUCAUGAUCUUGGGUGGGAUGAUGAACUCCCAAUUGAACUGUGCCAAAAGUGGCGUGAUUUUCUCCAAAGCUACUCGGUCCUAGAUCAAGUCCGAAUUCCCAGAUGGGUUUCCUUCCGCCCAGAGUUCCGAGUCGAGCAUCAUGGAUUCUGUGACGCCUCUCAAAAGGCGUAUGGUGCUGCGAUCUAUGUGCGCGUAGAAAUUGGGCACACGACGCUAGUGCGUCUCCUUACAGCCAAGACGCGCGUGGCGCCAGUCAAAGCUGUGUCGCUUCCACGGCUAGAGCUGUGUGGAGCUCUAUUGCUGUCCGAGAUGGCUGAAUCCAUCCUCCCCCAUAUGCCUGUGCUGUCCUCGAAACUCCAUUGUUGGACCGAUUCCACGAUUGUGCUUGCAUGGCUCGCCAAACCAGCAUGCCAAUGGACAACGUUCGUUGCCAAUCGGGUGACAAAGAUUACCCAGUCCACAGAGGCAGCCAAUUGGGCACAUGUUCAAUCCGAACACAAUCCAUCCGGCUCGAAGGACCACAAAAUGUUUGGUGGGGGGCGUCGCAAGUAUUUCUUUUAG